AUGGGGAAUUGCAUGGAGGCUUCAAAAAGACAGAUGAAGGAAGAAGAAGAAGAAGAAGAAAUAGAAAAGGAAAACAGUACUGGGAAAACCAGAGUGAAAGUGAAGAUAGUGUUGACGAAAGAGGAGCUAGAGUUAUUUAUGGUGAAGCUGAAGAAGAAUCAUGGUGGAGGGAAGAGAUUAGGGGAUCUUUUAGAGGAAAUAAAGAAAGCAAGAUGUGGAGAUAAACAUCAUUCUUGGCGACCUUCAUUGGAGAGUAUCAAGGAAGAUUAA